GAUUAUUCUGACCUUGGUCCUGGCCGUGUAUUCCUCGUCUGACAGUCAGAAGAUUGCCGAAAGGGGCUGCCAUUCGGGAGCACCGGCUCCCCCUCCGAUGGGCGUCAUCGCCGCGUGGGGGGGGGAUUGGACCACAUAGAGAGGAGAGUUCGAAAGCCCACCUCUCCUUUCUUCUUCCUACCACCAACACCACAAGAACAACAGCAACAGCAAGGGCCAGAAUUUGUACUGUAGCAAAGAUGUCUCUUCCUACCCACUUUACACUUAGCAACGGCCAAAAGAUUCCCAGCGUCGGCCUGGGCACCUGGCAGUCGCCGCCUGGGCAGGUGCGCGAUGCCGUCUGCUCGGCCCUCCAGGCCGGCUACCGCCACAUCGACUGCGCCUGGGCCUACCAGAACCAGGGCGAGGUGGGCGAGGGCAUCAAGCUGAGCGGCGUGCCCCGGGCCGAGAUUUUCAUCACGAGCAAGCUCUUUGAGCUGCACCACAACCAGGUCCGGCUCAGCGUCGAGGACACGCUCAAGGACCUCGGCCUCGACUACCUCGACCUCUUUCUCAUGCACUGGCCCCUCGCCCUGGUCCCCGACAUCCCCGCCGACGGCUCGCUGGCACGCAAGGGCAAGCUGGACGCCGCUGGAAAGCAGAUUGUCGACCGCGAGACGUCCGAUGACCCCCUGCCGGCAUGGCGCGAGAUGGAGAAGCUCGUCGACGAGGGCCUCGUCAAGAGCAUCGGCGUGAGCAACUUCAACAUCCGCAGGACCCGCGAGCUGCUCAAGCACGCCCGCAUCAAGCCCGUGGCCGACCAAGUCGAGCUCUCGUUUGGCAACCCGCAGCCGGAGCUGCUGGCCUGGCUCAAGAAGAACGACAUUCUGCCGCAGGCCUACAGCCCGCUGGGCUCGACGGGCGCCUCGCACGCCUCGCUCGAGGCCAUUGACACGCUCGCCAAGAAGCACGGCGUCCAGGGCGCCAACAUCCUCAUCAGCUGGCAGGUCGGACGGGGCGCGAACCCGCUGCCCAAGAGUGUCACGCCUGCGCGCAUCGCCAACAACCUCAAGCUCGUCGCCCUGUCCAAGGCCGAGAUCGACGAGCUCGAGGCGGCGGCGAGCAAGGCUGAGCACAAGCGCGUCUGCGACCAGAGCGACGACUUUGAUGCGCGCUGGGACAUCUUUGAGGAGAGCCACCCCACCAACUGCGACAAGGUGCAGGCCACCAAGGACUGAGGAUGCAGUCUGCCAAAAUAGCCGCAAGCAAGCGCCCCCCCUGUAGAAUGAGAUGCAAUGCGAAAACAAGUGGCCUACAUCAUGGGUGCGACAUAGCUACUGGCAUCAGGGCGAGGCAGAUCUCUUCUGAACUAGAGGAUGAUGGCAGUCGGCCACGCCCCUAUCAAAGAG